AUCUGGCCGAAACAAUCGCCGGUUAAUAAUUAGUUCAAAAUGACAUUUUGACAGUAGAGUUGAAAAAAGAAGUGGCGAACACCAUACUUCAAAUCUUCUUUUUUGGCAUUCCAUAACCGAAAUUAUGCCUUAAACUCGUGUGUAAAUUCGUGCCUCUUUCAAUACCUCGAUGUCGCACAAAUAUGACGUCACUGAUCACGUUAUUGCCUUUUUUUUUGCGAUAACAACCAACUUCAUAAAUGAAAAUAUUGCUACUUUAAACCUGCUGUCCAUGCACUAGGACAGCCGGACCCUUUUGCCGUGAAGCGAGUGCAGGGACACCUUUCGUAGGAUGCAGCCCCUCAAGGAUGCCCAGUUGGGGGCUUUUACAUUCUUCGCCUCAGCGCUCCCCCAUGAUGUGUGCGGCAGCAACGGCCUUCCCCUGACCCCCAACUCCAUCAAAAUAUUAGGACGCUUCCAGAUCCUGAAGACCGUCACCCAUCCCAGACUCUGCCAGUAUGUGGACAUUUCCAGAGGGAAACAUGAACGACUCAUCGUCGUUGCCGAACACCACGAGAGCAGUCUGAGUGAUUUCCAAAAACGGGGAAACAAAAUCAGCCCAGAGAGAGUUCUGCAGAUUGCCUAUGAGGUUCUGGAAGGCCUGGCCUUUAUGAACAAACACGGUAUGGUGCACAGGGCCCUCAGUGUGCACAAUGUGCUCCUUGAUAGCAAGGGCAACGUCAAGCUGGCAAAGUUUGGCCUCUACCACAUGACUGAUCACGGCGCUGAUGUGGACUUUCCAAUCGGGUACCCAUCAUACCUUGCUCCUGAGGUGAUUGCGCAGGGCUCCUUUCACCCCAGUGACCCUUUGCACCAUGAAGCCCCACGGCCGUCGGGACCCAAAACUGACGUGUGGUCACUUGGCGUUCUGCUGUUUGAACUGUGCGCUGGUCGACGGCUGCUGCAUAACAUCGACAUCAACGAGAGGCUGAAGUUCAUUCUAACUUUGGGUAAGCCGGUCUUUUUCACGAAGACUGUCCACGAGCCGCGGCAGACAUCUCUCGUUAUGUUGUCCGUGUCCUUUCAAGGCUGCAUGGACGACAUCGUCACAGUCCUGGCUGAAGAGCACGGCUGCCUGGAACACAUUCAGGAGCUGCCCGAGAACGUUCUUGCGUUGCUGCAAAAAUGCUUGACCUUCCUUCCUUCCAAACGGCCGAGCCCAGCCGAGCUUUUGGGGGACGCCGUGUUUGAUGGCGUGUCGUGCCUCUACACGCCCUACCAGAAGCCCGUCAGCCUGUUCUCAUCCUCGCUACGCUGUGCACAUCUGGAGCUCCCCGAGGACAUCGGCGACCUUUGCAAAGGGGACGGCGACGAUUACCUUUCAGAGCGGGCCAUCAACGAGGUGUACAACCUGUGGUGCCUUGCAGGGGGCGACCUCGAAAAGGAGCUGACCAACAAGGAGAUCAUCCAGUCCAAACCUCCCAUAUGCACGCUGCCCAAUUUUGUGCUGGAAGAUGGCGAGUCGUUCGGCCAGGGCAGGGAUCGCAGUUUCUUGCUGGACGACACAACGGUGACUCUUUCUCUGUGCCAGCUCAGAAAUAGACUAAAGGACGUCGCAGGAGAAUCUUAUUUCCCUCUUCUGGAGGACGAACAGUCAAGCCUGUCGCACUCCAACAGCGCCAACGAGCUGUCGGCCACCGUCAAGCUACCGCUCAUCAUCCGCGAGAGAGACACAGAGUACCAGCUCCUUCGUGUCAUCCUCUUCGACAGACUGCUCCAGGCUUAUCCUUACAAGAAAAAUCGAGUGUACAAAGAGGCCAAGGUUGACAUCCCACCUCUCGUGCGGGGACUAGCCUGGGCUGCGCUGCUGGGCAUUGAGGGGGACAUUCAGGCCAAAUACGAAAGCCUUGAUAAGGACACACCCAUUCCGACUGACAGACAGAUCGAGGUGGACAUCCCACGCUGCCACCAGUACGACGAGCUGCUGUCCUCCCCGCAGGGUCACGUCAAGUUCAGACGUCUCUUGAAAGCCUGGGUAGUCUCCCAUCCAGACCUGGUCUACUGGCAGGGUUUGGAUUCACUCUGUGCUCCUUUUCUUUACUUGAAUUUUAACAAUGAGGCAUUGGCAUACGCGUGUAUGUCCGCCUUUAUUCCAAAAUACCUCUACAACUUCUUCCUGAAGGACAACUCGCACGUCAUCCAAGAGUACCUGACCGUCUUCUCGCAAAUGAUCGCCUUCCAUGACCCAGAACUCAGCAACCACUUGAACGAGAUCGGCUUCAUCCCUGACCUGUAUGCCAUUCCUUGGUUCCUGACCAUGUUCACACAUGUGUUCCCGCUGCACAAGAUCUUUCACCUGUGGGACACGCUGCUACUGGGGAACUCGUCUUUCCCCUUAUGCAUCGGCAUGGCCAUAUUGCAGCAGCUCAGGGACCGCCUUCUUGCCAAUGGCUUCAACGAGUGCAUCCUGCUGUUCUCUGACUUGCCAGAAAUUGACAUUGAACGCUGCGUCCGUGAAUCCAUCAACUUCUUCUUCUGGACACCAAAAAGUGCAACAUACAGACAACAUGCGCAACCACCAAAGGUCUCCGGUGACAACGGCCUUGGAAAAACCACAACGCGCUACUCGUCUGACGAUCAAGAUUUUCCCAAGACGGACCUCUCUCGCGAGCCUCUCGUGCUGCUGGAGCUGAAAGCUGAAGUGUCCCCUCGCAUCUCGGCAGAGGACUUCAUCGACCUCUGCGAGAUGUCAUACGCCGCAAAUAACCGCAGCAAAGCCAGCAGGCCAAGAAUUAUUGCUGUUGACAUUCGCAGUGCAGAGGAGUAUCCUUCAGCAGAGGCCACAUGUCCGGCAGCAUCAACGUUCCCUUCAGCACGGCGUUCGGCACCGAUGACGAGGUGCUGCAAUGUCCAGCAACGGGAGCCCUCCAGAACUACAGAGGACGGGUUGUCGUCGUCAUCGGCCACGCCAUGAAAAGCGCUUCUGCGUUUGCUGCACACCUCGUCAAGGUGAACUUCCCGCGGGUUUGCAUCCUCGAUGGAGGGAUCAACAAGCUGAAGCCCACAGGACUCCUCACUGUCCCUUCGCCUCAGAUCUGACAGGAGCGGCUGAGUCACUCGGGAGAGACUAUGUACAUAUUCUUGGUGUUUUUUUUUUUUUUUUUCUGAUACCAUCAUGAAUAAAAAAUGGAUCCAUCUUAAGAGCAUUUUUAUGCAUUUAGCUUGGCUCUGAAAAUUGAAAAGACACAGUGGGGCUGCUUGUUUCGAAUGAUAUAGUCCUGUGUUACCAAAAUAUUUGAGGGGGAAAUGAGCCUCUCGGGUCACAUAAAAACCUCAUAUUUGAAUCGUUCUCAUGGAUGAUUAUUGUACAUCGAGAAACUUGAGCUAG